CGGGCUCCGGCCCAUCAGCCCCAGGCCCAGCCCAGACAUCCUAAUUAUCUCACGACUGCUAGCUCGCUCCGCUAAAUAGAUUGGAUGGCACUCACUGAUUACCGGUCUCCUCAUCUUCCAUCUAUCUGUCGAUAUCUGCUCAGCCACUGUCAUCCAUGGCUACCCAAGGUCAGGUCAUCACCUGCAAAGCUGCGGUUGCGUAUGAACCCAAUAAACCGUUGAUGAUCGAGGAUGUGCAGGUGGCUCCGCCCCAGGCAGGGGAAGUACGAGUCAAGAUACUGUUCACAGCUCUGUGUCACACUGACGCUUACACUUGGAGUGGGAAGGAUCCUGAGGGUCUCUUCCCUUGUAUUCUUGGACAUGAGGCUGCUGGGAUUGUAGAGAGUAUUGGUGAAGGUGUGACUGAAGUUCAACCAGGGGACCACGUUAUACCUUGUUACCAGGCAGAAUGCAGGGAAUGCAAGUUCUGCAAAUCAGGGAAGACAAAUCUCUGUGGCAAAGUACGUGCAGCUACUGGAGUUGGAGUUAUGCUGAGUGAUCGCAAGAGUCGUUUCUCUAUAAAUGGAAAACCUAUAUAUCACUUCAUGGGAACUUCGACAUUUAGUCAGUACACAGUUGUACAUGAUGUCAGUGUUGCGAAAAUUGACCCAAAAGCUCCUUUGGAAAAAGUAUGCCUUCUUGGUUGUGGGGUUCCAACUGGUCUUGGAGCUGUUUGGAACACUGCAAAAGUAGAACCAAAGUCUAUUGUUGCUGUUUUUGGCCUUGGGACUGUCGGCCUUGCAGUUGCAGAGGGUGCGAAAGCUGCUGGUGCCUCACGAAUAAUUGGCAUUGACAUAGACAGCAAGAAGUAUGAUACAGCAAAGAAUUUUGGAGUCACUGAAUUUGUGAAUCCAAAGGACCAUGAGAAACCAAUACAGCAAGUUAUUGUGGAUCUCACGGAUGGUGGUGUUGACUACAGUUUUGAGUGCAUUGGAAACGUUUCUGUAAUGAGGGCUGCUCUGGAGUGCUGCCACAAGGGCUGGGGAACAUCUGUUAUUGUGGGUGUUGCUGCAUCAGGCCAGGAGAUAUCCACUCGCCCUUUUCAGCUGGUGACUGGUCGUGUUUGGAAAGGAACAGCCUUCGGGGGUUUCAAGAGCCGUUCACAAGUACCUUGGCUUGUUGACAAGUACAUGAAGAAGGAAAUCAAGAUUGAUGAGUACAUAACCCACAAUCUGACGCUGGAGGAUAUCAACAAGGCGUUUGAUUUGAUGCAUGAAGGGGGUUGUCUCCGUUGUGUGCUUGCCACCAAUGCAUGAGACCAUCUUUUAUAUAGUUCCUAAGUAAUUUGUCAAGGAGAAGGUGAGCUAUUUCCAUGCCGUUAGCUUGAGUCUCUGGGAUUGCGAGGGGAAAAAAGAAAAGUCACCAUGCUCUACUGCAUAUAACAAACAUGACGGUUGUUUUUUGGAGGGUUGUCUAUGCAUGGUGUUGCUAUUUAGAAAGUUGAUGUGGUUUGAAUACUGUGUGUUGUUCUUGCUCACCACCCGAGUAAGCGGAAUGAUAAUGCUAAAUGGUCAAUGAUAGUAAGUUUGCUUU